AUGAACUGCCCGUCCCGAACCGAUCAAUGCCCCGACCAUCCAGACUGGAACCAAAGCCCACCAUUGUUGACAGCCGACCUGACUACAUGCGAGGACCUCAACGGUAUUGUCAAUUCCAGGGCAUACCGGAAUCGGGAUUCCCAUCUGUCCUGCGAUUCUGCUCAGACUUCGGAUGGUCUUCUUCAGAGACCGCCUGAGAAUUACCGUCCGCCUCUGGCCAGCAAGGGCGCAGAUGCAGGUUGUCAUUUUUUGAACAAAGAAGACACCUGCUCUGCCACCCGUGCUUGGCCUCCCGCAAUUGGGACAGACCAGCGAUCUUGCCAGCGUCGAGUUUGGAUCUGGCGAAUCGCGUUAUUUGUAUUGUUUGCAUAUAUAUCUUAUGCCGCUGGAGGCUCGUUGUUAGCUUAUGCAGCAACCUUAAAAUCAAACCUAUCCCACAAACUGCCCACGACCCGAUUACAACGGCGCGGAACCUGCUCCAACAAUCCGGCUUCCGACCGCGAAUACAACACCCCCCUCCAUGUCGGCGCCCUCAUGAUCAUCCUCUCCGUAUCCACCCUCGCCUGCUCAUUCCCCCUUGUGGCCGUCAAAUUCACCUUCCUCCGCAUCCCGGCCUGGUUCCUCUUUCUCGUCCGCCACUUCGGCACGGGAGUCCUGCUCGCAACGGCCUUUGUGCAUCUCUUGCCCACCGCCUUCGGCUCGCUAAAUGAUCCGUGUCUCCCUCGUUUCUGGACGGUAGAUUACCAGCCCAUGCCUGGUGCGAUUGCGCUGGCGGCCGUGUUAUCGGUGACGGUUGUGGAGAUGAUAUUUAGUCCUGGGAGGCAUUGUUGUAGUGAUAGGGGGAAUAGGAGUGUUUAUAUGAGAGGACAGGAGAAGAAGGGGCAUGAUUGUUGUGGUGGUAGUUAUGAUUUUGAGACAUCUAAGACACCCGACUCCGAUCGACUGAAGUCGCGGCCCAGUAUUACGACGGAUGCCUCACUGCGCCGCGAGCGGCCGCUUGUUGGCAAUUCGAGUAGUCUUGGUCGCGAGUUGGCGCAUAUUAACGCAGAUUUGGUGGAGAUGGAGCGGGUGCAGUCACCAGGUCGAGGACAAGGACCACGAGUAUCGGCGGCGGUGUCGGCAGCGGAGACCAAGGCCGAUGUUGAUGAACCCCAGUCGGAGAGCGAUGAUGAGCUUUCAUCGAUCAAGUUGACGCCGGAGCAGCAGCGUAAGAAGGCUGUGAUGCAGUGCAUGUUAUUGGAAAUGGGGAUUUUGUUCCAUAGUAUUUUUAUCGGGUUGGCGUUGGCGGUGUCCACGGGGAGUUCAUUUGUGGUUUUGUUGAUUGCUAUCGCUUUUCAUCAAACGUUCGAGGGCCUCGCUCUAGGCUCGCGCAUCGCAGUGAUAGACUGGAAGGAUAAAACUUACCAGCCAUGGAUUAUGGCCCUAUUAUAUGGCUGCACUACACCUCUCGGCCAAGCAAUCGGCCUAGGAACGCAUACCCUCUACGACCCAGACUCAGAAGUCGGCCUCAUAAUGGUCGGCGUCAUGAACGCCAUCUCAUCAGGUCUGCUUGUCUACUCCUCACUGGUUGAGUUGCUGGCUGAAGAUUUCUUGAGCGAUGAGAGCUGGCGCAUACUACGGGGUAAAAGGCGAAUUUAUGCUUGUUUGCUUGUGUUCUUUGGUGCGGCUGCCAUGAGUUUGGUAGGGGCUUGGGCUUGA